AUGCCCUUUGCACCAUUUGUCGGUGUAAAUCACCAUGGGCAGUCGAUUCUUUUGGGAGCUGGGUUGAUUUCCAGUGAGGACACGGGGACAUUUACAUGGCUAUUUCAAACCUGGUUGCAGUGUAUGGACGGUAUAGCUCCAAAGGCUAUUAUUACUGAUCAAGACAGAGCAAUGAAAAAUGCAAUUGCUACCAAAGUCCCUGAGAAGCUUGGGUCGUAUGCUGCGUACAGAAGUGGGCUAAAAACUCAACUGAUGAAAUGUGUGUACGACACACAAACUAUUGAGGAGUUUGAGAAAUGUUGGGCUGGGUUUAUUAACACAUACGACUUACAUGAGAAUGUGUGGUUGAAAAGUUUAUAUGUGGAGCGUGAGUAUUGGGUACCGGUAUUCCUGAAAGAGCACUUUUGGGCUGGAAUGAGUACAACCCAGCGCAGCGAGAGUAUGAAUGCUUUUUUUGACGGUUAUGUUCACUCGAAGACAAACUUGAAGGAGUUUGUCGACCAGUUUGAUAGUGCGUUGAGGAAGAAAAUUGAGAAUGAAAACCAUGCGGAAUUCCAGUCAUUUAGCCAGGUCAUUCCCUGCAUAUCUAGAUCUCCAAUCGAAAAGAAAUUUCAAGAGUUGUACACUAACGCUAAAUUUAGGGAAGUUCAGCAGCAAGUAAUUGGUCUGCUCGAUUUGGAUCCAUCUCUACUUACAUCGGACGGUGUAAUGAAGAGUUAUUUGCUAGAAGAUGAAGUUCGUAUUGAGGAGUUCACUAAACCAGUGACAUUUUUAGUGGACUUUAAUGAGGAAGACUGCAGUGCUAAGUGUUCAUGUGGGUUAUUUCAGAUGAGAGGGAUACUGUGUAGGCAUAUUUUGGCCGUAUUCAAGUGUAACGGUAUAAAAUCAUUGCCAGACCGGUACAUCUUGGACCGAUGGAGAAAGGACAUCAAGAGGAGAUGCAAAGAAGAGGAUACAGGAGAUGACUGA